AUGCCGGAAUGUCUAGGCCACGCUAUUCGCUUCGCUCACAAUGCGAAUACAUCCGUCGUUUCCAAGUCACUUACCGCAGAUCCCGACCAAGAUGGAACCGGACCCAAUGGUCCAUCGCAUGAUACUGACUGUGCAAAUUCAGCCUUCGUGCCGCGUCGGAGGUGUCAAGGCACUUUCGGUUCUUCUGUUGAUACUCAGUGGCAAAUUGAACUGUUCUAUAGUGCAUACCUCAUUGUCGAUGAAGACAUUGUCCCUCCUAAAAUUUCUUCUCAUCUUGAGAUAAGUCCCGUGUUCCCAUCAAAAUCUCGCAAUUUGUCAGGUUUCGUGAGUUAUAGGCUUUUUGUAGCCGUUUUCUGA